AUGUCGAUGAUGUUCCCAUCGUUCCAGCUCCUAGAGCUGAACAUAAUCUCAGCACAAGACCUAGCUCCCGUCGCCCGCAAGAUGAAGACAUACGCAGUCGCAUGGGUCCACUCCGAACGUAAACUCACCACACGCGUUGACUACAACGGUGGAGCAAACCCAACGUGGAACGACAAAUUCGUAUUCAGAGUCAACGAAGAGUUUCUAUACGCAGACACAUCAGCAGUCGUCAUAGAAAUCUACGCCUUGCAUUGGUUCCGUGACGUCCACGUAGGCACGGUCCGUGUCCUCGUCAGCAACCUCAUCCCACCUAACCGUCGUCCUGGAUACAGAACAACCAACAACGAGUACCGUCGCACGCCACCUCCGGGUAUGAGAUUCGUAGCGCUUCAAGUUCGUCGUACAUCAGGCCGUCCUCAGGGGAUACUAAACAUCGGUGUUGGAGUUCUUGAUGGUUCCAUGAGAAGCAUGCCGCUUUACACGCAUAUGGACUCCUCUGCUGUAGGGUAUAGAGACUUGCUCGGUGAAGAGGAUCGUCAUCUACAGCAUUUGCAUUUGAACAGCAACAAAGGAAGCUCUAAGAAUCCUCAAUCUCCUUCCACGUCGAGGCAGUUUCAGUCUGUGGUUUCGAGACCAGAGCUUCGACGUACGAAGAGUGAUACUAGCUCCAUGGUUGUUUCUGAUCUUCUAAGCAGAGCUGAGAGGAGCCGUUUGGCUACUAGAAAGCCAGCGAGUGCGGUUGCGAGCAGUGAAUCUGAAGAAGCUGUACCAACCACGACGACGGACUCUGAAGACGCUUAUACACCUCCAAACAACACACAUAACGUUACAAGGCAGAGAUACGACUCUAUCGAGUCGGAUCUCACGGAACCAUCAACGAUGGUGAAACCAAACGUGCAUGUGGUGACGACUCAUGAACCACCUACUCAACCUUACAAUUCCCAUCAUCAGCCACGUAAAACACCGAGAAAGACGCCAAUGCACGAGAAGCAAAGACCGGUCAAAGACUAUAAUCACCGAGGCAGAGCUUCACCGUACUUAUCCAGACACGGAACGCCAUUGAGAUCAAACAUCGUCGCAUCGACUCCGAUGCAAGCCAACGGGAUUAGAUCAACUCCAAUGAGAUCAAACAUGGUCGGAAUGUCGCCGAUGCGUCCCAACAUGGUCGAACUAACUCCGAUGCAGACUCCAAGACGGUCCAACAUGUACGGAACAACUCCAAGGAGGUCAAACAUCGUUGCCUCCACUCCUAUACGAUCAAACUACAAGGCUACACCGAUGAAGUCUCAUCACAAUUACGGUACACCGAUGAGGUCAUCGAACUUCGCCGGGAGGAGAAUCUUAACCGACUCGGAGUUAGGUCCAUCGUCAUCAGAAAUGAUGAAAAACAAAGCUCAUAAUAACGAGACAGAGAGCUCGAUACUUAGUGACUGGAGCGUGGACGACUCUAGCAUUGAAGGAGCACGUUCGAAGCUUGAGAUGUGGAGGACGGAACUACCACCGUUGUAUGACAUAGGAUCAAGCCAAGUGAGCAGCACUGAUUAUGACGGUUCGGUUGUUUAUGCUCCCAAUGGAGGAAAAAGUUCUAGACGGAAAACUCCAGCGGGGAAAAAUGUUAAUCGUCGUCAUAGCUCUGAAGGUAACGGUCUUUUCUCGUGUUUCAGUAAAAUUUGCGGUGUGGAAUGCAGUUUCGUGUGCGGCGGUGGUGGUGGUGGGGGUGGCGGUGAUGAGUCGAAGAAAGGUGGGGGUGGUGGUCGCGUUCACCGCACAUACUCUGCUGAUGAUUUGAGCUCUUUAUGA